GUUCAACACUCUCUAAGAAGGGCGUGUCUUUAAGUUACAUUACAAUACAGUACAUUGCGUCACAAGCAAAGUCCUUCACAUUAAUGUGAACACAUUGAGGAAGUGAAUUGUCAUUUGAUCAGGUGCACAGUUGUAAUGACAACGAUCGCAAGCACUUGUGACAGCAGAUCAUGAACAUGCUUUUGUUAUCAAUGCCGAUUGUGAAAAUACACUACAGACUGCCUGCAGAUCAUGAACUUAUUUAUUUUAUCAAUGCUGAUUGUGCAAAUACACCGUAUAGUGGCUGUGACUCACUCGCUCAAGUAUUUCCACACUGCGUCCUCUCAAGUUACAAACUUCCCAGAUUAUGUGGUCGUGGCUUAUAUUGAUGACGUUGAGAUCGGUCACUAUGACAGCAACACAAGGAAAGCAGAAGCCAAACAAGAAUGGAUGAAGAAAUUUGCAACGGUGGAUCCAGAGCACUUUUUGUUGCAGACACAUUUAGGUAUUCGCGAUGAAGUGGAGGACAAAGAGGACUUGGAAAGUUUACAGAAGAGCUUCAACCACACUGAAGGUCUUCACAUUUACCAGAGGAUGACGGGCUGUGAAUGGAAUGAUGAAACUGAUGAAACCAAGAGUUGGAGACAGUCCAGUUAUGAUGGAGAAGAUUUUUUAGCAUUAGAUACCAAGACAUGGACAUGGACUGCAGCAAAACCACAAGCCGUUCCCAUGAAACACACGUUGGACCAUGAUCAAGAUUUUAUGACGUACUUAAAGUUUUACCACACUGAGAUCUGCGUUCAUUACUUGAAAAAGUAUGUGAACUUUGGUAGAGACAUACUAAUGAGAAGAGACCUUCCAAAGGUGUUUCUCCUCCAGAAGACACCGUCCUCUCCGGUCAGCUGCUUCGCGACAGGUUUCUACCCCAGCAGUGCAACAAUGUUUUGGAAGAAAGACGGCAAGGAUCUCCACGAGAACGUGGUGCACGGAGAAGUCCUACCAAACCCCGAUGGAACCUUCCAGAUGACGGUGGAUCUGAAAGUGGAGGUGACGGCCGAAGUGGAGGGCAAGUACGAAUGUGUGUUUCAGCUGUCUGGUGUCAAAGAGGACCUGGUCACCAAGCUGGAGAAAAGAAGGAUUCUGAGCAACGCAAGCGAUGAAGACAACGUGAGGGUCAUCGUCGGCACCACGUUGGCGGUCUUCAUUGCCGUGAUCCUCGCUAUCAUUGUCAUUGUCGUAGUUGCCAUACGUCACAAGAACAAAAAAGCCAACUAUGAUCCAGCUGCUGGUGACGAGGGUACCUACCGCACAGAGAACUCAACGGAUGAAAGCAGUCGAAACACAGAUCUUUUGUGCACUGGGACAGAGAGCGACCACUGAGGAGCGUGGUCACACUUGAAGACGAGAAAGAGAAGUGUUUUGCUCAUCAUCAAAUUGCUCCUUGUGUUUUACAGUCUCUUUUUUUAUGUUUAUGGCUUAGAAAACGAGUUACGAUCAAAUGUUUUGGCUGCCUUUUGUGGGAUCACUUGCACUGUAACACUUGGAUACUUGUAACUAUGUAUUUUCAUUUUUGUACAGAGCUCUGUAAAUCAUUGGCCAAACGCUAUGCACCUCCCAAACAAUAGGGGGCGAUUCUAGCCAUUUGCCCUUUGUCAACCAAGAAGGAAAUGCUACAUGCUAAUGGCAGUAACUGGUACAAAAUGGGUCAAAUUGAUGAUUUGAUUACCAACGGUAAAGCCAGGAUACAUCAUUGUGAGUUGUACUCUCACAUACGAUGGCCUUUCUACUUGAAAUUUGAGAGGCAUUGGUACACUUAAUAAUUGGGCUAAUGCCCUCUUACAAUUGCAAGAUAAUAGUACAAAGAAAUAUAAACUUGUCAGGCAGUGAAUCUUUGGCACCACACGAUUCGAUUCAGAAUAGAUUCUCGAUUCAAAACCAAUACUUUUUUUAGUAACAUUAGAUGCCGGUUCUAUGAUUAAAUUACAUUCCUCCAUAAAAUAAACAUGUAUGAACAAUUUAUAUAUUACAUUAAAUACAUUUGUUUUUGUUUAAUACUAUUCUACCCAAACAUUCAAUACAGUCAACUACAAAUAAAGUAAGAUAAGUAUCCCACAAAUUUCUAAAGUAAAUCUGUACAGUAGAUAUGAUCAUCUACAUCAACAACAUGAUUUGUCUGAGUGGCUGGACAGAACAUAUAAACAAUUAUAUUAAUUUAAAUCCAUUUUUGAUGUUUUUGAAUCAAUUAAAAAUCGUUACAAAUAAGAAUUACGAUUAAUCCGAAAAUCGAAAAAAAUCACAGGGUUUUUCCGGGUGAGUAUUAAAAUUCACUGAAUGGGUUUUGCUAUAAUUGAGGCCUUAAAAGGCAUUAAAAAGCAUUACAUUUGAUAUCCAAAGGCAUUACUAAACAUUUAAUCCGGUAAAAUAACAAAUGCUUUUAGCUAAUCUCAAGUCGGUGAUUAAAGGCAGGCGGCGGUUAACAGUGCCAAUUUGUUUUUGGGUGUGACCCACAAAGCAACCUCUGCUGUCGCCACCAAAACCGGCAGCUGCUGCUACCACUACAGAAAAAUACAUUCCCAGAUUAUACAAUCUUGUGAGUCAAAUUUAAUUCAAUACAGAGUAACAGUUAAUGUAAGCUGUUCAACUAUUCAAGAUUAACAUUGUCACAUGCUUAGAAUUGUGUCUGUAUAGACAAUAGUACAUUUUGGAUUAUAUAAAAUAACUACCUGCAAUAGGACACGGGCAUUAAAUGUGUUUUAAGUGGCAUUAAAAUAGCAUUACAUAAGAUCUGUUGAUAAGAAACCCUAUAUAAAAACCAGAGAGGAAACUUCAUUUAUUUGCACUUGUUAGGUGACGAGCAGCAAAAGCUGCUAAAGAUCUAUUGUAAAUGUUGUAAUUAUUAUUAUUGCUGAUCCUGACCUAUUGUAUUGUUCCAUUUAUUAUUAUCGCUGCUCCUUACAUGUUGGAAUUCUUCCGUGUAUUAUUAUUGCUGCUCGUGACCUAUUGGAAUUGUUCCGUUUAUCAUUAUGCUCCCAGUUACUUUCAGAGUUCAUUUUAAAAUUGUACUCAAUGUUUUCAAAUGCUUACACCAAGAAGUCCCGCCCUGUCUUCUUGAGUUGCUGCAGCCUUUUUGUCCCAGCAGGACUCUGAGGUGUUUAGACCAGCUCCUCCCAGCUGUCCCAAUAACUAGGCUUAAAACCAGAGGAGAUAGAGCCUUUCAAUGGCAGGACCCAGACUGUGGAACAACCUUCCACUAUCUAUUAGGUACUCCCAGUCUCUGAGACAAUUUAAAUCUAGGCUAAAAAUAAUUUUUUACUCCAUGACGUUCAAAUCCAGUUAGACGGGAUUUCUUGGUUGUUUUUAUUUCUUGUUUUAUACAAUUAUUAAUUAUUGCAUUAUAGUAUUUUGGGUGAUUCUGCACUUUUUUAAGGUAAUGUUUACUAUUGUGAUGUAUUCAUCCUUCCAUGUUACAAUUUAAAUGUGACACUAUGUGCCCCUUUUUUUUGUUGCAAAUUGUUUCUUAUGUCUUUACAGCACUUUGGCCAACUGUACUUGUUAUUAAAUGUGUUAUUUAAUAAAUAAACUGAACUGAACAAAGUGA